AUCUUUCAAAUUCUUUGGCAUAUUUGAGUAUAUAUAAGCACAAUAAACCCUUUCUAUGGGAGGGUUUAUGCUGUGCGUUUUACUUCUUUUAUCUCUGGCUAUGUUGGGAUGAAGUAAUAGUUUGUCUGGAGGGUAAUACGAAUGUCUCUGUGUUGUUCUGCCUCUUGUAGAAUCUCUGCAUAUUUAGUUAAACCACUGCAGCAGAAUCCGUGUCGUUGGUAGACUCGGACUCUGACGAUUCUUCUUCAGUCCCAGAACCCAUUUCAGAAGGAACUCCCAAUUCCUCCCGCAUGUCAGUUUCAAACUCCUUAGAUAUCGGGCUAGCUGAUCCCCACUCCUCCUCAGAGCAUCUGAGUAUGGCUUCGUGAAUCCCUGCUUUUGGUUUUCUCGCGCGCGCUUUGACAUCGUUCUCCCCCUUAGCCCCAACUUUUGACGGAGUACAACGUUUAAAGCCCCUGCCUGAAUAAAUUUCUUAAGAAAAUUGGAGUCAGAACCCGGUUCGAGAUUUUUCAUCUGACAAACCCAGUUGUUCUCUUCUCUCAGCCUCCUAUCCAGUUUAAGUCGCCACCAGGUGCAACGAAGGACUUUGUUCUGGAAUCAUUUAUUUGGGAUAAGGUGCUUGAGCUGAGCACCUUGAUAACCUUGGAUAUAUAAUGCUUCAUUUGUUUCUAUCAGAGCCCAUCUGGAAUGACAACGGAGAUGACAAUUCUGCCAAGAUGAGAGUAUCUCUCUUGAGUAAUUUGGAAUCUGUUAUUUGGUCGGUCAUGGCAUCUGGAGGUCGAUCAGAGGCUCGUCUGUGGCUUUGUAACACGAUAGCUGGCAUAAGUUCCAUCAGUCGUCAACAUCAGUGCGAGUUACUUACAAACUUGCUGAGAUCUAAGCCGCUGAAGAGGGGCUUCGCAUCUCAGCUCCUAGAAAUGAUAUUUGAGAAUAGGCCACACAAGGCAGGGUCCAUUAUUGCCAAGAGAAGUUACAUACUUAAGAAAUUCUUUGAAGGAAAUCCAACACGAAUAUCUCAAUGGUUUUCUAGAACUGGCGGUGGAUUGGGCCAUGGACCUGGUGCUAAGGCAUUGUCGCAAUUUUCUUUUGUUAAUCGAGAUAUUUGUUGGGAGGAGCUUGAGUGGAAGGGAAAACAUGGGCAAUCACCAGCAGUGGUUGCUACAAAGCCCCAUUACUUUCUUGAUUUGGAUGUCCAGGAAACUGUAGAGAAUUUCCUUGAAAAUGUCCCUGAAUUUUGGUUGUCCAAUGAGCUUUCUGAGUCACUUAAAGAUGGUGAAAUUUUGUUCGUUGAUAGAAAAUUUUUUGUUGAAUUUUUUGUUGAUUUGAUGUAUAAAGAGGAUUCAAGAGAUGUAUGGGAAGUCACAAGUGAGUAUCUGAAGGAGGAAUGUUUUUCUUCGUUGUGCAAACGCCUUCUUAUUACUCUUGAUGAGUGGGACUUAUGUGAUUUUCUUAACAUGCUUCAUAAGAAUCUCAACCCUAGAAUGGAGCUCAAGGAUCCUAUGGACUCAAGUUAUUUGUUUGAGGUUAUACUUUCUAAGUGUGGUGAUUUUAGGUGCUUCGAUCAGAUAUUACUGUUAAAUGCAGUUUUUAAUCAUGGACGCCAGCUUUUACGACUUCUACGAGAUGAAGAGGCCCACGAGGAAAAGGAAAAACUUGAAGACAUUGUUUUGAAGAUUUGCGGAAUCCCAAACAAUGACAGUAGCUUGGCCUCAAUAAUCAAAGAUUGCUUUAAAAUGAAGAAUAUAGAAGCAUUUAAAUUGCUGGGGCUUCAGUCAUGGGUUAUCUAUUACAGUUUAGCAGAAAAAUGCCAGACUCCCAAGUCUUGGGAAUUAUUAUUUAUGCAUAAUGAAAUAAGUUUCCGAAAAUCAGAUAGAUAUUUAUUUCUAGAUAAUCAUGGAGUGUUGGAAGGUGGUGUUUCUGAUUUGGAUCAUAGAGCAUCCAAAACAGUUAAGCACAGGAAAAAACAUAGUAGAAGGAAAAGAAAAAGGGACAUCAAUCAUGAUGACAGCGACAAUGAGUUGCUGGAUUUGGGAACCACAAAAAAUAGGCUGGAUUUGCAAUCUAAUGUUGGAAGUUGGUUGCUCUCAAUUGAUGAGUAUUCUGCAUCAUGGAACAGUGAGGAUUUACCCGAAUAUCUUUCCAAGUAUUGCUUAUCUACAUGGAUGAAGUGGGUGUUUGCACAAUGGGGUCAGUAAGCUUCAUUGGGCACAUAGAAUUGUUCAUUUUACUCUCCAAUGCCUGGACAGCUAUCAAUGUGAUAAAUGAACAUCGAAAUAUUCUGUUCUGCAGUCCCUUGAUGCUUAUAAGAAUGAAUUUAGCACUGAUCCUAAGUAUAUAAAAUCAUUCUAUUUGGUGCUGCCAUCACCAAUACUAUGAUGCUCAUUUUUGUGCAAGAUUCUUAUUGAAAGUGCUAUCCCGAACAAGCAUAAUGCCCUCUUGAAUUCUUAACGGUGAAACAACCUCCAGCCAAUGCCGUCUUGUCUUCAAGUCAUAGUUAACAGUCUGUAGUUAAUGGUACCCGAGUCAAUGGCCAACGUCAUCAUCUCCAUGUGGUUUCCACAAGGUUAUGCGCAUUUAACAAGAAAUACUGGUACUGGAGUAAAAGAUGCAAAACUUACGUCAGGACCAUCUUUAGAAAUGAAGAAUUCGUGGUUUAUCGUCUUAAUGGUUUUAUCGAAACUCUGGAUUCUUUUUUCACUGAUGAGAAUUUUUCGCAUGACAUAUUUGGAUUAUCAGUGUAUGCGCUUUGAGCUACUGCCUUCGCAAUUCUGGCUGAAGUCAUACUAUCCGAAGAUAUUUGCUUGUCAGGUUGGUCUUUAUGCUUCUUAAAGACAGUAGCCUGGUGUGAGUGCAAGUUGUGUUUCGCAGAAGAAAUAUAUAUAUUUUGAAAAGGUGUUUCGUAGAAGAAAUAUUGUAAUAUGUUUCCAUAUCUCAUAUACCACCCAUACCAUGACAUGUAUAUGUUGGUAUUGUACCUGGUGGAUGAAGGCUUGUAUAACAUUUAGGGCUGCUUGUAUUCAUGUUCAUCUGACUUUGACAAAACUUCAGAUUGAAGACAAGAAUCCAAUCCUUAUGGCGACAAACUUGAAAGAAGUUUCUACGGGCUUAUGGCAAGAAGUUAUUCUUUCUGAGAUUGAAGCAAUACUGUCGACCUCUUAAUUUACAGCACGGCUAGUUCCCAUUCUUCUAAGAGAAGAAAGGAGAAAGUUGGUAAGCAUCGUUCUUCAGAUGGUAGCAAGGAUGCAAAAUUUAAGUCAACCUGUUAUGAGAGGUUCGAUGACUUUCUUUUCAAGUAUUCAUGAUAUUGGUGACUAUAGUGACAGGCUUGUUUGAAGUUUGCAUGCGUGCUAUUAUCUAAAGGGCAGUGUUUCCAAGCUCUCUCUUUUCUUAUUUUAGUAGAUCAUAGACUUGUCCUUGCGCAGAUCAGGAGAUGGACAACCUGCCCUUUUUUUCCCCCAGAAAGUAUAACUUUUUCUUAAAUUAAAAAAAAUAUAUAUAUAUUUCAAUCACGUAGAAACUCUUUUAAAUGCAUUAGAUAGAGAUGGGCUCUUAUCUUGAAGAAACCGUUUUGUCAAAGUUUAAAACGAGUGUAUGAUACAGUUUGCCCUCAAUAUGGUGUACAAGACUUCAUCCACCAGUUGCACUAGCCUCUUAUGCAUAUCCCCCUGUGGGCAGUGCGUGGGAUAUGUGAACUAAAGACGUGUAUGAUGUAGACACAAGGUCUGAUAUAUUUUACUGUUGUAAGCAUGUAACAUGCGUAAUAAUAUUGAUGUGUGUUUAUAGAGUAUGCUAUUUCCACA